AUGGCGCAGUUUUCCAGUUAUACAUAUGAGGACGGCUCUAUUAGAUUUCCGAGUGUUUUCUGCAGCUGUAAUAACACACUGGAAAUAUUGGAACUCAGUACUAUGCGUUUAGACUUCCCUUGUCGGGUUGGUUUGAAGUCCCUUAAAAAGCUGCACCUUAUAAAUGUGAAAUUCAGAGACGAGGAAUCUGUUUGCAAUCUUUUAAGUGGCUGCCCUAUUCUCGAAGAUUUGACUGUGGACCGAAGGGGCAAUUAUGAUGCAGAGACUUUCACCAUUGCGGUUCCAUCAUUACAGAGACUAACCAUAGUAGAUACAUUCCAAGGCAAAGCUAAUGGAGGCUAUGUGAUAAACGCCCCUUGUUUGAAAUACUUGAACAUCAAAGGGGUCGGGUUUGAAUGGUUAGGACUCCUCAGCCCAGGCGAGGGUUAUGGGUUUUUUCUGAUUGAAAAUGUGACAGAACAGCUGGUGGAGGCUAAAAUCGUAGGCGUUAUAAUUGAUAUCCAUGUACACAAUGAGGAUAUUUUGGCUUCUAUAACUUCAGUAAAACGUCUUUCUUUAGACUUUUCACCCUUUAAGAUCAAGUGUCCUACUGGUAUUACCUUCUAUCAGCUGGUAUCUCUGGAGCUGAAUACACGUAAAAAUGAGUGGUCGAGUCUACUUGCGCGCAUGCUCAAUAAUUCUCCUAAAUUGCAAAUCCUCAAGCUCAUUUACACCGAAAAUGAUUAUUAUAACAAUAGACCAAUAUUCUCCUUACGAUUGGACGGCGAAUGGAAGAAACGUCCAAAAUCUGUACCGGAAUGUUUGUUAUUCCAUCUUGUGACAUUCCAGUGGACAAAUUACCUAUGGGAACGAAAAGAAGAGGUAGAAGUGGCAAAAUACAUUUUAAAGAAUGCAAGAUGGUUGAAGAAAGCAACUUUCUAUACAGAACCGGAAGAUGUCGAAACCUUGGAAGAGAAACGUGACAUGCUAAACGAGUUGGCUAGAGUUAGGGCUUCAAAUUCAUGUCACCUCGUCUUUGAAUCAGCAUCCAACUAA